AUGCUGACCAUGAGCACCAGGGGGGCUUCACUGAAAGGUUUGUUGCUGGCAGCCCUUCUGGUGUCCCACAUGCUUCUGACAAAGGAAGGAGUGACCUCUAUGCCAAUCUGCCCCAAUGGAUCUGUCAAUUGCCAGCUUUCCCUUGAGGAGCUUUUUGACCGAGCAGUUAAACUUUCGCACUACAUUCACUAUCUCUCUUCGGAAAUGUUCAAUGAAUUUGAUGAACGCUACGCCCAGGGCCGGGGUUUCAUUGCAAAAGCUGUUAACAGCUGCCACACUGCGUCCUUAACCACUCCUGAAGAUAAGGAGCAGGCUCAGCAGAUUCAUCAUGAAGACCUACUGAAUUUAAUUCUGGGAGUUCUGCGUUCCUGGAACGAUCCCCUGAUCCAUCUGGCCUCUGAAGUACAAAGAAUCAAAGAAGCUCCAGAAACCAUUCUCUGGAAGGCUGUGGAGAUUGAAGAACAAAACAAGCGACUUCUAGAAGGAAUGGAGAAAAUAGUUGGGCGGGUUCACUCUGGGGAGGUCGAAAAUGAGAUUUACACUCCAUGGGAUGGACUUCCAGCCCUGCAGCUUGCUGAUGAAGACUCCAGACUCUUUGCCUUUUACAACCUGCUGCACUGCCUCCGUCGAGAUUCCCACAAAAUUGACAACUAUCUCAAGGUUUUGAAGUGCCGCCUAAUCCACGACAACAAUUGCUGA